CGGCUUCUUGCUCCCUCGCUCUCCCGCUAAAUCAAAUUCGAGCUCUUGUUGCUCAUCAAAUCCUCUGCGAAAUGCCAAAUUUGGAGUCAGCUGAUCGACUGCGUUUGCCGCAAUCGCGAGACUUGAAUCCGACCGAGUCUCGCGUCUUGAUUUCGCCGUCGGCUCUCCAUGGCCGUCUCCUUCAGUUGUCGGAGUCGAUUUUGUCGUCUCUGUCGAAGACUCGCGAGGUGCCUCCGGAAAACUCGAGCGUGUCCGUCAAAUCCAUGGUCGAGUCUCUUCUCCAGCGCGAAACCGCAGUUCGAAGCCCUAGCAUCGAUGAGCACGAGCUCCGCGCUUCAGUCAGGGACUUCAGUCUGGCUUGCGCGCUUUUGGUCGCCUCUCGGUACUCGAAGCAUGAUUUGCUUUCGUGGAUAACGCAAGACCUCUCGGAGCUUGCGGAUUCCGCGUUCAGUGACCUCGCGAAAGCUUAUGCUGAUUAUUUUUAUGAGGACAAUGCGAAGAGAGUUGAUGAACUUGGGAUUGAUUAUGGCUUUGGAGCAUCCGGGGAGAAGAGGCUGGUGAUCGAGUUGAUCCCUGAGGUGUUGCCUUUGUUGAAGGAUAGGAUUAAGGAGAGCUCAAUCGAUAAGUCCGACGAGUCCGAUGAAGCCUUUGCUGCGUCGGCGAAGGUUCCUGUUGGUUAUGCCAUUGUGGCUGCUUAUCAGCUUAGAUGGUUUGUUACUCAGGUUGAUCGUCCUUAUCUGGGAAAGAUGUGUAAUUUGGUGGUUCCCUGUGCUCUAACCGCACUUGAUCACUGGUCACCUCAUGUCAAAAGUCAGGGCAUGAUUAGCUUCACACAUCUUGCGAAGAAUGUGAAUGCUGCUGAGCUUGGGUGGUAUGAAGAUCCAAUUCUUGAUGCUUGCUGCCAAAACAUUGCUUCUGAUGAUGAUAUUUGGCACCAUGUGGUUGAGAUGUCAGUUCUUCUCGUGACCAGUACUCAACGAAACAAUCCUCGUAGCCCUUGGUUCGAGAGAUUGCUGAAUGAGAUGUUAAGUCAUUUGGAGCGCCAACCAAGGAAUAAGGAACGUCGCACAGCCUGGCUUGAGUUAAUUGAGCCACUCCUCAAUGUUGUUGGUCUUGUGUUGUUAGCUCAUUUUAGACGCCUUUUUCCUCUAUUCUUUCUGUGGAUGCAUGCUGAUGACGAUGAGACUCUUCUACUGGUUCUUCAAAGGGCUCAUACAGUUAUAAGGCUAACAUGGAUAAGGAACACGCCAUAUGUUGAAAGGUUAGUGGAUGAACUUCUUGUAUUAUACAAGGAGGCAGCGUUGAAAGGAAAGCGAGAAGAAAUUAGGACACACAUUCUACAGAUCCUGCUCUUGCUUCAACAAUGCAAGGGCAUGCAGUUUGAAGCAGCCUGGGACAAGCACAGGAAUGAUCCAAACUUGGCAAAGCUUGUCUCAUCUCUGAGUGGAACAAGCCAAGAUGUAAUUAACUCUGACUCUGCUACCGCUGUGUCUGAGUAGCAAAUCAACCGAGAGCUUUCAACAUGUUACUCUCUACAAGGUUAAGUGAGGUAAUGCAAUGGUCAAGUCAAUGAAAAGUUUUGAGUGCAGGAUGCAUGAUAACCAAUGCAAUCAGACAAGCUAGGGUCACAGGUAAGGUAUCCAUGGACCUCCUUCAGCUACACGUGCAGCUGCAGCUGCGUCAUAUUCUGAUAGUCUUAGACAGUUCACCCGCGAUUGGCCUGAAAGUACAUAUCAAGAUUAUGUGGCUUGAUGUGCUAACAAUGCCAAUUGUCAUUUAUGUGUUAAUCACUGGUUCUCACAAGUUCCUUGGGCGAGGUUGUCUUAACACGAGAAACUAUUCUGAUGCUCAAGGUGGCGAUGUUGCGUUUCAGUACUGCCCAUGUGUCGAAUUACCUGCGAUGGUGGUGGGGCAUGACUUCUGCCUAUAGAAAUUGGUUUUUUACCAGGCAAUGUGAGAUCUUUUUAAGUAGA